AUGAAGCAAACGAGAUUUUUUCUUCCUACGUUCAGAUUAUGCCAUCGGGAUGAUCAUUUUCUACAGUGGAUGCUUUUCAACGUAUUGAUAUUAUUCUUCCUCUUUGCAAUAGUAGUAUUUCCAAAUUUUAUUUAUUCCUCUCUGAUUCAUCAUCAGAAAAAUUCAAUACUUUUCCUUCCCAAAAAUGUUGAUCAUCAACAAAUACACAAUCAUCAGGAUGCCACAACUAAUGUUGGAUACACACCUUUUUCAGCUCAACAAGACAAUAACAAUAGUUCAAACACUGAUGUGAUUUUACUAGAUUUUGGAAGAUUUCACAAGUGUGCCAAUUAUUCUGUCAUGACUAGCUUUUUUCCUUGCUUAAAUUGUGACACUUCCAUUCCCAACAAUUUUGCAUGCCGUGAAUUGAUAAUGCCAGAAAAAAUAGAAAGGUCUAACGAAUGGAGUUGGAAUUCCCGAAGUGACUUUUUCUAUAAGAGAUAUUUGACAAGUGGUAAAAAUCGAGAUGUUUGCGCGAAAGUAAGCGAAUGGGAAAAGCUUUCGAGGUUGAGAUGCUAUGACUUGUUGUGCCGUUCUGAUAAUAUUGUUGAACUAGCGUUACAAAUUUCGAAUGGAGAGACCACAAUUUUCGAUUGGUUUAAUUAUUGUCAAUAUUGCUCGAAAGAUUACAUAUUCGAUUUGAAAACAUGUAAAUUCAAUGAUACACGAUUUUAUAGCUUGCCAAAACUUUUUCCAACUUCGCUGUUGACCUGUGGAGCAGAAGAACUUGGAAUUCCUGUUCUUGUCAACGCAAACACUUCUCAUGACAUUUAUAGCCCAGUUUUUUACAUUACUUGUUAUUGCACAGAAAGUGACUUUUUUGGACACUCUUGUUGGUAUACUGCAAAACGAAAAGAUUUUUAUGAUUUUUUGAGUUAUUUAGGACUCUGUCUUCAUGGAAUUACCUUUUGUGCCAUUUUUUUCAUUUCAUUUAUUCCAAAAUUUAUUUAUUCUUUUCGACUGAGAAAAUGGAGAAAUAUGGCAACCAUGGCAUUGGUGGUCUUGUGUGAAGCAUCAUCGAUUGCUUCCUAUAUAACCUUAAUUAUUGGAGAUUCAAACUUGUUUAUUGCGUUGGAAUAUUCCUCUCUAUAUAUUGGAUAUUUUAGUUUAAUUACAUGGAUCAAGUUUUGGUUUCAUUUGGUGAGAUUUGCAAAAUCUAAAAAGUAUAAGAGUACUUGGUGCAGUGGAAUUUGCUUGGCGAUUGUUUUUCUGGUAUUAUUGAUGUUAGUUUUAGCACUACCCAUUCUCUCAAUUCUCAUCAAAAUGCAAAUUCCAACCGAAUUUGUAGUCGCCAUGAAUUUUGUACUCUUGCUCUCCAUUGUAGUGGCCAUUCUCACAUAUAUUGGACUCUCUUGUUAUAUUUAUUUUGUUAUGAGAAAAGUUUCCGAUAUUGAUCUAUUUCAAACAUGGUUUCUUCGAUUUGUCUUCUUCUCAUCUGCCAUCAUUACCAUCAUGGGAUGUAUUCACAUUUGUAUGAUUUUAUUUGAUUUUGCCUCUCAAGAUCCAGUCACUGGAGCUUUAUAUUUGGUAGUUCACGCCUUACUUAUCGUUUUGAUGGUUGGCAUUUCAUACAUGGAAUUUGAAAAGAGUGAAUUCUUUGAAGUGUAUGCUUGUUUUGGAAAAUGCAGAAAGAAAGGAUCAUCAUAUGCUCCUGUGUCAGAGAUUAAUCACAAUGACGAGACCAACAAUGAUCAGAAACAAUUAUUAACAGAGUCUCCAACAAUUUGA